GGAAACCACACGGGGUCCACAGCAAUCCCUGAUCCGCUACCCUUCCUUCAUAUCUCGCCACCGGACGCUUUGGGCUCCCUGCUCCCAUGGCGUCCUCUUUCUUCGUUCGCACUCAAGUAUCGCCCAUGACUCCGCUGCUGCCGGACGCCUCCCAGAGGUCGGCGUCGAUGCCCACUAUGUCCGAGAUCAUGGACGCCUCCCGGACGCAGGGCCUCCGCCUCCGCCUCCAGUCGCUGGGGCCCUUCUUCCGCGUGCGGGCGGAGGCCGAGGACGGGGCGGAGCUGGGGAGGGCAGAGGGUGUCGUCAGGCCGUGGGUCGGGGGCAAGGUGCUGCACCUGGACUCCAUGAGGCUCAGCCAGGACACGCUCCGCAUGGACCGCUCUAUCUUCGGCUUCGGCCUCUUCAUUGGUGCCGCCGCCGUCCGCCACGGCUUCGACCGAGGUUGCCGCCGGGCCGAGCUCCUCGCCAUAAACGACUCGCCUCUCUUUCAUUCCAAGCUUGUGAGGUUUUACACGAGGAUGGGAUUCAAGGCGGUGCACGAGGUAGAUGGAUCAUCGGUGGGCGAUUUGGCUCACAUGUUGGUGUGGGGAGGUAGAGGGACUAGAAUGGAUGCUGACAUAGAACAGCUUCUUAUUAAAUGGGGCAAAAGAUUUAAGUCCUAAAGGUGAUGUAAUUGACAUCCCUGACAUUUCUGUUUUAAUUGCCAACAGUAGAUUCAUGGUAAUUCACUCACAUUACCAUUUAGCUAUGCAAGUGAUCAAUCCCCAAGUUGCAAAAAUAGUCUUUUUGUCUAACAGAGAUAAAACUGUGCAUUUCAACCUUAUACAUUAGAAAAUUACACUUUAUGUUUGAAUGAAACCACGAUUUUGUAUUAACAGGAGCAAUGCACAGUGCACUAUUAUCUGGCUUUGUCAAUCCAAUAUCAGCACUGCUCUUGGUUGACCAAGUAUUAAAACCAUCCUCUGCACCAAGCGCAAUAUUUUGGUUGCCUACAAUGCCAGAAAACUCGAGAAUCAGGGAUUGGUUCAGAGACAUCACUGAAGCAAAACUUGCAUGAUCAUGGAAAAAUUGCACCUCUGAUAGAAAAAAAAAAAAAAAAGUCUUGUCUAUUGGUUGCUUCAUCAGUAUUAAAUUAUGGCAGAAACUUUGCUAGCUUUCUAGAGUAAUAUUCAUGUUUCUUGAGAGAAGUGGCAUUCUUUCUAUUAAGAAAAUAUCAAAUAAGUAGUGGACAGUUACAGUGUCAUUGGUUGAUACUCUUCCAUUCAGCAUAAGAUAUAUUUACAAAAUGAAGUUCCUCAACUCCUGAACACAUUAGAUAACCCUGCAUGUAGAAAGCUAAUUUCAUUUUGUAUUUAUGCUCAAAACACAUUAGAACAGGUGUUGCUCCUCGGUUGACUAUAGUUUCAUUGUUGUACUAGAGGAAUCUACUUUAUGAAUGAUUCAAAUUGCAAGAUGGAAAGUAUCUCUUUGAUCAUUCCCUAAAUUGAUCGAUUACAUAUUUUCACAUAAUUGGGGUCCUGUGAGUGUCUCAUCAUAUUAUGCUCCUGUGCAUGCAAUCAAAGAGAUCAGGUGCAGAGAAAAUGGAGAAGGUAGGUGUGUUUCAUGGCACAUUGGAAAGUAAUGUGUAUGUGUGUCGUUGCUCUGAUCAUCACUUUCCUAUUCAUAAUUGUUCAGUUUCCUGUGGUUCCACAGACACCCCUUCAUUGACUUCAUUGAUGCCAUCAUUUUCUGUUUUGAUCUGCCAUAUUUCGGACGUGGGAUUUCAAUAAUGUUAAUAUUAAAGGAGAUAACAGAGCAAUAAAUGUAUUUGUUAUUUUCAAAGGUUUUUCCCCUAUAUCUUUGUGGCAAAAUUAACUGUCUUUAUGCCGUCAUUCACUUGAAGAUUUUAAACCAUUUUCUAAGCUACUCUUCCUGUUCAAAGGUAUAUUUGUGCUUGUGGACAGCUGUGGUAGAGUUGGAAGAUAUAUAUUUCUUUUGUUCAGAAUUAUGAGUCUGCAACUCUGUGUCAACUUAAUCAUCUACUAAUAUUUCUUUUAUUAUUAUAUGGUCAUCUGGACUUUGCCAAAUGCAUCAUGAUGAAGAUAAUCAUGACCGCAGAAAAGUUAGGGUUGAGUUUUCAUUAAAUCGACUCGUUACGUGGAGAGUCGCGAAAUAUAGGGAGGCAUAGUAAUUGUAUUGGUCAAAGACAAAGCAAAGACAAACUUAGAUGAGAUGAUAUAGUAGCUGAAAAGAAUGAACACUCAGUAACAUGACUGAAAUAAGAGAUGAAUCAUCUAUGGAGCUUUUAGUUAUAGAGAAACUUCAAAUAGUUAAUAUGUAUCACUAUAGCUUUGGUGUGAAUAGAGUAAACCUUUAGAGGCAAUCAAGAUUUGGAGAUAGAAGCCAAAAGUUCCUCUAGUGAGGAAAGUGGAAGGUUGUGGAUAGUCAUGCUGUGAGUGAAUGAUAUAUAUUUACAAACCUAUGAAGUCAUAGCAGAAAAACUAGAUAUACUUUUUCUGAUGCAGUAUGGUGUAGUUUUGUGAAGGCAUGUUUGUAAUCUCUGUCGUUUAAAGGAGCAAACAUUAUCACAUUUUAGAUAGAUUUCGAUGACUCCACCUUUUUCUUCUAGUAAAAGAAAAGGGACAGAACAAGAGAACCAGCAGAGCUAGUGAGUUCAUAGUCAUUGACAUGUCAUACGAGUGGGUAGUUGGUGUGCAACAAAAUUUUGCCAGAAAUCUAAAACUCAUAAUCUGUAAUCACUACAAAUCACAGAGUGCACAUUGCCAUUAGGAAACCCUUCUACUUGUCUAACAGCCAAUUGCUACCAUCUACAGCAUGCAACUAAAGAACACUGUAGGCAGUACUUCGUUCUACACUGAGCUCUUCUGGUCGUUGCCUCCUUGCUUUGAUGAAUCAUUAAAUGCGAGUUUAUGACUGAGCCCUUUUUCUCUCCUGUCCUCCUUGAGCUGGUUAAGUCUUAGCUUUUCAUUUACUUUUCCUGAGAACACAGACCAUUGGCUUGCAAAGUUCUGCGUGACUCCCCCUCUGAAGCAAUCUUUCUUUUAGAGCCAUAGGAUUCAUGCUUGUAACAUUCAGGUCAAGCUACCCAUUCGAUUGUUCUCCGUUUCUGCUGCUGUUGUGCCUGUGUACCAAUAGUUCUAAGCAGCAAUGUUCCAGUCCUGCUUUGAAUGUGUUAUUAGGGGAUGAAACUAUAUAUAUCAGCGACACCUGUUUACAUACAAGGGGGGUGGAGAACAUCAUCACCCACAUGCUGCUCAGGUCAGUACACCUCGCAAGGAAAGGAAAAUUAACUGCAGGAGCAGGUGGUGGGCACUGAAGAAGUUCUCUGAGGUAGCCAUUCAAGUCCUCGUUGUGAGUCAACUUGACUCUUCUAUAUGCUACGAGUUGCAGUGAACCUUGGAUGCUUGUCAUACUCCUGCCAGUGAUAUAAAGUGGUGGAUGAUCCAUAUAUUAAACCAGUUUUAGCCAGUGACUGGAAUCUGAAGCUGGUGGCACGCCACAAAGCAGCAACAGGAAGCGCCGAGCAAUUCCAAACACAGUGCAGCCGCCUGGCACAGCUGCUGCAUCCGAUAGCACCAGAAGCCUCUCGUUGCUCUGAGACCAUCAGCUUCACCACUUCCAACACCAAGCAUAAGAAACAAGUAAAAGAAGGGGGCAAGCAUUCAUGGACGAGUGACAAUAGAUGGGAAACAAAAGGACAACUCGCAAUUCAUUCCUACAAAGUCACUCGAUGGCUUCUGUCCUCGGGGAUGUGUUGUCUUCCUCCGGACUUUUUUUACUGCACUCGGCCGGCCUUCCUUUCACUUUGAGCUACGUCUUUUACCCCCUUCUCUGCCCAGGUCCUCAAAGCCAUACUUCUAUGAAGCUAGCUAAUAAACCGUACUUUUGUUGCAGAACAUGUCAUGGUCCAUUAGCAUCCGAUUUCCACUCGGAUCAUUGCAACCUUCUUCUCUUGCUGCUUGUCGUCGCAAGAGAGACAGUGCUGCCGGUGCCGGUGUCGGUGGUGCUCUCACAGUUUGCAGGUGAUGUCCCGGAUGAAGCCAGAAACGUCGCUGCUCUCGCCUUCUCCUUGUGUGACUCGAGAACAAUGAGACUGUAGCAGGAGAACACAUACUCCUGUCCACACAAACAUGUUGGUGCAUUAACACAUGAGUCAACUUCUAUUUCCUAAGAAA